AUGGCGGUCACGCGCCUUUCCUUGAUCACAUGGCGGCGCCCUCCCUCAGCCGCGCCGCGCUCGGCGCCCCCCGGAUUUUGGGGGGUCCCGGGGGAGGCCGGGCCCGGGUUCGGGCCUGGAGCACCGGGACCCCCCCCGGCAGGGCCCCCCCAGGGCGGGGAGAGCCCCGGGAGCCCCUCCUGGGACCGGCCCGAGCGAGCGCGGCUCCGAGGGCGCGAACAGCGCGAGAAGCGGCAGCGGCUGAGGAGGGAGCGCGCUGAGGGGAGAGAGGGAGCGGCGAGGGAGCCCAGAGUCCCCAAGUGGAGCCCCAAGGAGGAGCUCGAGUAUCGGCACCCGCUGGGACCGGACGGGAAAAAAGCCACGCAGGUGCCGCUGCCCCCCAGGUACAGCCCCCGCUACGUCGAGGCCGCCUGGUACCAGUGGUGGGAGAGGGGAGGGGUCUUCAGACCCCCCCAGCAGCCCCCCCAGGGUGUCCCUCACCUGUCCCUGGUGCUGCCCCCCCCCAACGUCACCGGCUCGCUGCACCUGGGCCACGCCCUGGGAGCGACGCUGCAGGACGUGCUGGCGCGCUGGAGGAGGAUGCAGGGCUGGAGCGUCCUCUGGGUGCCGGGCACCGACCACGCCGGGAUCGCCACUCAGGCCGUGGUGGAGCGCUGGCUGUGGCAGCGGCGCCGGCAGCGCCCGCAGGAUCUGGGCCGGGCCGAGUUCCUCAGGGAGGUUUGGAGCUGGAAGGAGCGGCACGGGGACGAGAUCCUGGAGCAGCUGAGGGCGCUCGGGGCCUCGCUGGACUGGAGCAGGGAGAGGUUCACCAUGGACCCCGGUUUCUCCCGCGCUGUCACCGAGGCGUUCGUGCUCCUGUUCCGGGCGGGGCUGAUCCGCAGGGACCUGAGGGCGGUGACCUGGAGCUGUGCCCUGAGAUCAUCAAUAUCCGACAUUGAGGUGGAGCCCCGUGUCCUGGCAGGUCCCACCCAGCUCAGUGUCCCCAACUGUCCCCACCCCGUGACCUUCGGCGUCCUCGUCACCUUCGCCUACCCCGUGGAGGGGGACGACGGGCUGGAGGUCCCCGUGGCCACCACCCGCCCCGAGACGCUCUUUGGGGACGUGGCCGUGGCCGUCAACCCGCGGGACCCGCGCUACCUGCACCUCCAUGGGCGCCGGGUGCGGCACCCGUUCAGCGGGGCCCUGCUGCCCGUGGUGAGCGACGACAGCGUGGAGCCGGGGCGGGGCACUGGUGCGGUGAAGGUCACACCUGGGCACAGCCCCCAGGACCUGGCCCUGGCCCGCGCUCACUCGCUGCCGCUGCUCUCGGUCAUCGGCGACGACGGCGCCUUGUGUCCCCCUGGGGGGGGGUGGCUGCAGGGUGUCCCCAGGUUCCAGGCCCGUCCCCUCGUCGUGGCCGCUCUGGCCCAGCUGGGGCUGCUCCGGGGGGUGCAGGACCACGCCAUGACCCUGCCGCUCUGCAGCCGCUCCGGUGACGUCGUGGAGUUCCUGCUCAAGCGUCAGUGGUUCCUGAGCUGUGAGGAGAUGGCCCGGGAGGCGCUGCAGGCCGUGACGUCGGGGCGGCUCCACCUGGUUCCCAAAUUCCACGAGAAGAACUGGAAGAGCUGGAUGGAGAACGUGGGGGAUUGGUGCCUCUCCCGCCAGCUCUGGUGGGGUCACCGCGUACCUGCCUACCAGGUGAGGGAGCCCCCGGGAGCCCCAGGAGCUGCAGGUGUGGCCCAGGAGGGUCCCUGGUUCGUUGGCCGCAGCGAGGCCGAGGCGCGGGCGGAGGCGGCCGAGACCCUGGGCUGCUCACCUGGGCAGGUGCAGCUGCAGCAAGACCCCGAUGUUUUGGACACCUGGUUCUCCUCUGCCCUUUUCCCCUUCGCUGCCCUGGGCUGGCCCGAGCAGAGCGCGGAUUUUGGCCGUUUUUACCCCAAUUCUGUGCUGGUGACGGGCAGUGACCUCCUGUUCUUCUGGGUGGCUCGGAUGGUGAUGCUGGGACAGCGGCUGACAGGACAGCUGCCAUUCCAAAAGGUGCUGCUGCACUCCCUGGUCCGGGAUUCCCAAGGAAGGAAAAUGAGCAAAUCCCUGGGGAACGUCAUCGACCCCAGGGAUGUCAUCAGGGGGGCAACGCUGCAGGAGCUGCAGGAGAAGCUCCAGAGCCGAACCCUGGACCCAAAGGAGCUGAAGGUGGCUCAGGAGGGGCAGAGUUUGCAGUUUCCCCGGGGGAUCCCCGAGUGCGGCGCCGACGCUCUCAGGUUGGCCCUGAGCAGCCACAACGUGCAGGGCCCCGAAAUCCGGGUGGGCGUGGCCUCGGUGCUGACUCAGCGCCGCUUCUGCAGCAAGGUCUGGAACGGGGUGGGGUUCGUGCUGAGAGCCCUGGAGAGGGAAGGGGGAGUCCCAAAAAUGGACCCUGAGCAGGUGUCCCCUGUUACCCCCCUGGAUCUCUGGGUCCUCUCCCGCGCCGCAGCCGCCGUCGGUUCCUGCUGGGCUCACCUGGAGCGGCUGCAGGUGCCGGGAGCCGCCGGGGCCGUGCAGAGCUUCUGGCUCAGGAACUUCUGUGAUGUUUAUGUGGAGGUGUCCAAGGCCUCUCUCCAGGUGCCCUCCCUCCGUCCCUCGGCCCUGGCCACCCUCCUGGCCUGUGCCGAGCUCGGCCUUCGCCUCCUGGCCCCCUUCGCCCCCUUCGUGGCCGAGGAGCUCUGGCAGCGCCUGCCCCGCCCCGAGCCAGCCCCAAACACCAUCUGCAGGGCCCCCUUCCCCGAGCCCCGGGCACUGGCGCGGUGGCGCAGCCCCGAGCUGGAGGCGCAGGUGGCCGCCAUGUUGGAGCUGGUCAGGGCCGCGCGGGGCCUGCGCGAGACCUUCCGGCUCGGGGGGGCCGCCCGACCCCCAGUGCUGCUGCAGUGCCCGGAGCCGGCUCGCGAUUGGCUGGAGCCGCUCGGCCCCGCCUUCCAGACGCUCUCGGGGGCGGGGCCUGUUGAGCUCCUCCCCCCGGGGGCGGAGCCGGGGCCAGGCUGGGUGGGAGCUCCAGCAGGUUCCGGAAACUUCGUUCACCUGCGCAUCCAGGGCCUGCUGGAUCCGGGGCCUGCUCGGGCCCAGCUCCUUUCUCGCCUCACAAACCUCGAGCGUCGCCUCAGGAGCUUUGGGGAGGCCCAGGAGGGAUCCCAGCAGCACCAGGCCGCGGUGCUGAGGGCGGAGCUGACCAGGCUGGAGCAGGCCCUGAAGGCCCUGGAGAGCCCAGAAUUUAAUAAAAAUAAUUAAAUUUAGCGUUAA